GGAGCCGGCGCCGCCUCCAUGUUCCAGCUGCCCAUCCUCAAUUUCAGCCCGCAGCAGGUGGCCGGGGUAUGCGAGACCCUGGAGGAGAGCGGGGACAUCGAGCGCCUGGGGCGCUUCCUCUGGUCCCUGCCCGUGGCCCCUGCGGCCUGCGAGGCGCUCAACAAGAACGAGUCGGUGCUGAGAGCCCGGGCCAUCGUGGCCUUCCACACGGGGAACUACCGGGAGCUCUACCACAUCCUGGAGAACCACAAGUUCACCAAGGAGUCCCACGCCAAACUGCAAGCCCUCUGGCUGGAAUCGCACUACCAGGAGGCGGAGAAGCUGCGGGGCCGACCCCUGGGGCCGGUGGACAAGUACCGGGUGAGGAAGAAGUUCCCGCUGCCCCGCACCAUCUGGGACGGCGAGCAGAAGACACAUUGCUUCAAGGAGCGGACGAGGCAUUUGCUGCGGGAGUGGUACCUGCAGGACCCUUACCCCAACCCCAGUAAAAAGCGGGAACUGGCUCAGGCCACGGGACUUACCCCCACGCAAGUGGGCAACUGGUUCAAAAACCGCAGGCAAAGGGACAGGGCAGCAGCGGCUAAGAACAGGUAAGGUGCUGCCCGUCCCGUCG